GUUACUAAAUGGCUGUUUGUAUUCCUGGCACACCAGUUUCUGAAGUUUAGGAUUUGGUUUUUACUUUUUGUUCAAAUAACCUCUAGAAAGAGUGAUGUGUCUCUCAGCAUGUCUGUGCAUUGUGCUUAUUAGCUUUUUGGAGGGAGUGAGCUGUUUAUGUCCUUCACAGUGCACCUGCGAUUAUCAUGGCAGAAAUGACGGCACGGGAUCAAGGUCGGUGCUAUGCAAUGACCUGGAUAUGAACGAGGUCCCUACGAACCUACCUGUGGACACUGUGAAGCUACGUCUAGAGAAGACUGUCAUCCGCAGGAUCCCUGCACAGGCCUUCUACUACCUGGUGGAGCUCCAGUACCUCUGGGUGACUUACAAUUCCGUGGCCAGUCUUGAUGUCAGCAGCUUUUACAACCUAAAGCAGCUGCGUGAGUUGCGCUUGGAUGGAAAUUCUCUGGCUGCUUUCCCUUGGGCAUCUCUGCUGGACAUGCCCCAUCUGAGGACCCUGGAUUUGCACAACAACAGAAUAGCCAGUGUGCCAAAUGAGGUGGUCAGGUACCUGAAGAACCUUGCCUACUUGGAUUUAUCAAGCAACAGACUAACCACACUACCACCAGAUUUCCUGGAGAGCUGGUCCCACUUACUUACAACAUCAUCACGAAGCCUGGACCUUACACCACGAAGAAUUAUUCUUGGUCUGCAGGACAACCCUUGGUUCUGUGACUGUCACAUUUCCAAAAUGAUCGAGCUGUCAAAAGUUGCGGACCCUGCUGUAGUGCUUCUCGAUCCACUGAUGAUCUGUAGUGAGCCUGAGCGCCUGACAGGGAUUUUGUUUCAGCGGGCUGAGCUGGAGCAGUGUGUGAAGCCGUCUGUUAUGACCUCGGCCACCCAGAUCACGUCUGCUCUGGGCAGUAAUGUUCUGCUGCGGUGUGACGCUUCUGGCUACCCUACCCCACAGCUCACCUGGACCAGAUCCGACAGCUCGCCAGUUAAUUAUACAGUAAUUCAGGAAUCUCCAGGGGAAGGAGUCAGGUGGUCCAUAAUAAGCUUGACAGGCAUUUCUUACAAGGAUGCUGGGGAUUACAAAUGUAAGGCCAAAAAUUUGGCUGGAAUGUCAGAAGCUGUGGUUACUGUGACAGUGGUUGGUGUUGUCACGACAACCAUAUCAUCAGAUACCUCUGAAAGAACUGGAGAUCACCCUGAGGAAGAAGUCCAGCCCGGAGCUAGAGCUACACACAUACCUGGUUCACUGUCAUCUCCCUGGCCUUCUUCCUCCCCUGCUUCUUCCAUUUUUCUUUCUACUUCUACUUCAUUUCCUCCCUCCACUGCUUUCUUCUCCUCAUCUCCUUUCCUCUCCUCCAUCGUUUCUUCAGCCACAACUCUAAGCACUAGAAUUUCAACAAGCCCCACCAUGGCCAGCCAGCAGUCACUCCAGCUCCACCCAGAUGGGGAAAGAAAUUUAAAGGUGGAGAGGGGUGGAAGUAAGCUUCCCUCAGCCAGUGCAAGUAAAAAAGAAGAGUUGGCAUCAGUGGAUCAAGCGACGCCAAUGGAAAAGAAUGCCACGAUAGAAAAUCUCAGGGUAGUCGGUGAGACUGAAGAGAGUGUGACUUUGAUGUGGAACACCAUCAACACCACACAUAAGUCUGAGAUGACAGUAUGGUACUCCAAGUAUGGUGAGAAGGACCUGCUGCUGCUGAAUUCAGACUCCAGCAAGAGCCAAGUAACCAUAGAUGGCUUGGAGCCUGGUAGGCAAUACAUAGCAUGUGUCUGUCCGAAAGGAGUGCCUCCCCAGAAAGACCAAUGUAUUACCUUUUCUACUGACAGAGUUAAAGAAGAAGGUGAUUCUCGAGUGUCUUUUCUUGUCGUGGUGAGCGGUACUGCCUGUGUUGUUGUCUUGCCAUUGAUUUUUUUCCUGUUGUACAAAGUUUGUAAACUGCAAUGUAGGUCAGAAUCCUUCUGGGAAGAUGAUCUGGCAAAAGAAACUUAUAUCCAAUUUGAGACCCUGUCCCCCAGGUCUCAAAGUGUAGGGGAACUUUGGACGCGAAGGCAUAGAGAUGAUUCAGAAAAACUGCUGCUUUGUUCUAGGUCAAGUGUGGAAUCUCAGGUGACUUUUAAAAGUGAAGGUUCGAGGCCAGAGUAUUAUUGCUAAGGUUUUACAGCUUAGGUACAUGUGAACUCCACAAAAUUUCUUCCACGCAAUUAAGGAUCUGAGGAUGUAGUUGACCCUCUGAUUGGAUGACUUUUGUUCAGACUUUCACAUCCUCUAUGAAAAUCACAAAUGGAGUGCUUUUAAUUGUGCUUUAAAAAA